GGACACGCCCAACCUUAACCAUCCAGUAAACAAAAAGGUUCAAAGUUUAAGUGCUUUCCUCUGCCUAGCCUGCGCCUAGCAAAGCGAUGUCUCUCUCCACUUUAUGGAGGGCUACUAGUUCUUAUAUAAGAUCCUCACCACUCAGUUUGAGACAGUUGUUGCCAGCUACCAGAUGGCAGUCGACAGCUACAUCACACAGAUACACUCUUCCCGAGUCCCGUUUUGCACUUCAUAAGUUGGAGAGUGGUCCAUCUCUGGAGACAGAGCUGACCAGAGAUGACUGCCUUCACUUCUAUAGGGAGAUGAUUCUCAGUCGAGAGAUGGAACUGGUGGCUAGAGAUCUCUAUUCGCAGAAGAGUAUACGGGGAUUCCUGCAUGUCUAUGUUGGACAAGAGGCAUGCAACAUUGGUAUGGAGUCCGUCCUGACUAAAGAAGACCCAGUCAUCACUGCCUACAGAUGCCAUACAUGGACCCACACCAGGGGAGUGCCUGUCAAGAACAUUCUAGCAGAAUUAACAGGAAAGAGUAGUGGCUGCUCUAAGGGCAAAGGUGGCUCUAUGCAUAUGUACAGUGACAACUUCUAUGGUGGCAAUGGUAUAGUGGGAGCUCAGGUACCUCUGGGUGCUGGAAUAGCAUUUGCCCUCAAGUAUCAGAAAUCUGACAGGAUAUGUGUAGCCCUGUAUGGAGAUGGUGCAGCCAACCAGGGUCAAUUGUUUGAGGCUUACAACAUGGCCGCCUUGUGGAAACUCCCCUGUCUGUUUGUGUGCGAGAACAACCACUAUGGGAUGGGCACAGCUGCACACAGAGCAUCCGCCAGCACUGAAUUCCACACACGUGGAGAUUAUAUUCCAGGCAUUAAGGUUUAUGGAAUGGACAUCUUGGCUGUGCGAGAGGCGACUAAGUUCUGUGCUGAAUAUAUUCGAGCUGGAAAUGGACCACUUGUGAUGGAGUUGGACACGUAUCGUUACUAUGGCCACAGUAUGAGUGACCCUGGUAAAAGUUAUCGCACUACUCAAGAGGUAAAGGACAAGCGUAAGAAUGAGGAUGCAAUUGCCAACCUCGAGGAGUGUGCUAUUCAAGGUAACCUGAUCACUGAAGAAGAGAUGAAGGACAUUCGUACUGCCGUGUUGGCUGAAGUGACUGAGGCCAAAGAGUUUGCUCUGAGUGGCGAAGAGCUCCCUUCUUCUGAACUGUUCACAGACGUCCACACAGACCAGGAACAACAGGGACUGUACAUACGAGGCAGUGACAUGUUCGCUGGGAAUAGAGACAGCCAGUAGAACAUUGUGAUAGCAUCAGACUCUAUGUGUUAUUUAUAUUAUAGGCUACUUAGAUUAGUUGUGUGUCACAUGUCAUAAUUAUAGAGGUACAUGUAAAUCUACUGUACAUGUACAUUGUAUGUCAUUUUGAAACCACAGUUAUGAAACAGCUGACAUCAGCAUACAUAUCAAA